UCUAAUAAAACAUUUCUCCUCUCCUUGAAGCAGCAGCUUUUUAUGACAUCUCCUUUAUGUCAGAGACACUUGCCUUGCUUCUUUGGGUUAUAAACUUUUGAUGCCAGACCUCUGCAGAACGUGCCCAUCUGAAUCCUAAAGUAGCAUCUUGAAGAAAGAGGCAGAGAACGAGCAAUCUGUGACCUUCAUCCCUGCACCUACCUCCUUCCUCUCCCGGCUGCCUCCCUCCACCCCAGGGGAGCGUCAAGAAAGCUCUUUUUGGCUGCAGGAGGGGGCAUCUGGUUCUGUGAGGCUGGAAAGCCGAGGCAGGAUCUGAGGAAGAACCGUUAGACUCCGGAGAGCCCGGACUGCUGCUCCUUCCCCCCUGCCUCUGGCUCGCUCCCUCCCCGGGCUCCCCUCCAGCGCUCUCUGAGACCCGCUGGUGUGUGGGGCAGGGGACGAGGACCGCGCCGCUGCCAGAGUUCUGGGAAGUUGUGGCUGUCGAGGAUGGGGGUCUGUGGGUCCCUGUUCCUGCCCUGGAAGUGCCUCGUGGUCGUGUCUCUCAGGCUGCUGUUCCUUGUACCCACAGGAGUGCCGGUGCGCAGCGGAGAUGCCACCUUCCCCAAAGCUAUGGACAACGUGACGGUCCGGCAGGGGGAGAGCGCCACCCUCAGGUGUACCAUAGACGACCGGGUCACCCGGGUGGCCUGGCUAAACCGCAGCACCAUCCUCUAUGCUGGGAAUGACAAGUGGUCCAUAGACCCUCGUGUGAUCAUCCUGGUCAACACACCAACGCAGUACAGCAUCAUGAUCCAGAACGUGGACGUGUAUGACGAGGGCCCAUAUACCUGCUCCGUGCAGACGGACAACCACCCGAAGACCUCGCGGGUCCACCUCAUUGUGCAAGUUCCUCCCCAGAUCAUGAAUAUCUCCUCAGACAUCACUGUGAAUGAGGGAAGCAGCGUGACCCUGCUGUGUCUUGCUAUUGGCAGACCAGAGCCAACUGUGACAUGGAGACACCUGUCAGUCAAGGAAGGCCAGGGCUUUGUGAGUGAGGAUGAAUACCUGGAAAUCUCUGACAUCAGACGGGACCAGUCUGGGGAGUAUGAAUGCAGUGCCCUCAAUGACGUUGCUGCACCUGAUGUGCGAAAAGUGCAAAUUACUGUAAACUACCCUCCCUAUAUCUCAAAAGCCAAGAACACCGGUGUGUCAGUUGGCCAGAAGGGCAUCUUGAGCUGUGAAGCCUCUGCAGUGCCUAUGGCUGAAUUCCAGUGGUUCAAGGAAGACACCAGGCUAGCCACCGGUCUGGAUGGCGUGAGGAUUGAGAACAAAGGCCGCAUAUCCACUCUGACUUUCUUCAAUGUUUCAGAAAAGGAUUACGGGAACUACACUUGUGUGGCCACAAACAAUCUCGGGAACACCAAUGCCAGCAUAACACUGUAUGAAAUAAGCCCCUCAUCAGCAGUGGCAGGGCCUGGAGCAGUCAUUGAUGGUGUAAACUCGGCCUCUAGAGCGCUGGCUUGUCUCUGGCUAUCAGGGACCCUCUUUGCCCACUUCUUCGUCAAGUUUUGAUUAAGAAACCAUAGGUCCUCUGAGCAACGCCUGCUUCUCCAUAUCACAGACUUAAAUCUACACUGCGGAGGGCAAACCAUUUUGGGCUUCCUUUUGUUUGUUUAUCUUCUUGAUUUUUCAUUUUUUUGGCUCUUUUGGUUUAUUUGAUUGUUUGUUUGUUUUCUAGUUUGGAUGAGUGGGGUUAUGGGGAGGGGUGGGCAGGGUUUUACCAUGUGUAGGAUAAUGAUGCAUUCGUGUGUCCAAAAAUGGAAUAUCUCCCUGCUACCCUGGCCCUUCCUCCUCCUCUGCUUCUCUCCCCAUCAUCAUCACUGCGGACCUCCCUCCACCCAACACCAACCAUAAGCUCCAUCUGGGCAGAAACUGUGCCUCAUGAUAAACACCCUGAAGACACAACUUGACUUAUAAGGUGGUGCACAGCCAGAGUUGUAUCCAAGUGUCUUGUUAUCUGUGUCUUUUACACUUUGGACCAUUUUCCUUAUUAUAAUUUACAUAACCCUCCCUGCCUGUUUGUUUUCAUUUGGGUGCACAUCCUUUCUUUCUGGGAAGUUAUCUCCGUGUAUCCAUAUCUGUACAAUCUUCCCAUUUUCUCUAGCUACUCUGUCCUGUAUGAUUUCUCCACCAGUUAUAGGGAUCAGUGGUUUGGGGCUCUGCACACAACCCAAAACUAAAAAUCUAGAAGCCAAAUGACCAAAAAUGGGAGACAUUUUGAGGACAGUACUUCUCUUUAAAAGAUGCUGUCCAACCAACUAAAAAUGGUCCAUAGAUGGCUGAUUAUUUAGGUUUUAUCAAACUAUCUAUCAAUGUAAUCAUAUGGUUAUCUAUCUGUUUGAUUGUCUGAUUUACCUCUCCAUCCAGUUAUCUACCUACCCACCUUCCUCUGUAGCAAUCUCUUUUACUCUAUUUUUCAGUUUACCAAUGUGAUUAUCUAACACUUCUUUCCAUUUCUUUCUCCACUACUCACUAUCAAUUCAUCACCAUAUUAAUCUUAAUCAUAUUGUAUCUAUUCCACUGUAUUCAUUUCUCCUCUACCUAUAGCAGACAUUGGCAUCUUCAGAAUUACCUAUCAGCCUCUCAUGUGAAAGCCAAUGAUCUCACAGGCUAACACCACAGAAAAGCAAUAUGUUGUGGACACUUUGGAAGGUGGUAUCCCAUCCACCCAAAGUAGACACCAUUCACUGAUGGACCAAAGUAGCAAUCCACUCAUCAGUCACGCUAUUCCCAGAAGAGACUGUGUUUCCAAAAAUAUCUUCUUGAGAAGCAGAUCAGCCCUGGAAAAGCUUUGAUUGGUACUGUGUGUUUUUUUUUUCUUUCUUUCACUUUUGAAGGACCCAGGUACCAACCUUCAUGCUUUCCUUGGCCUCUUAAGAAUGUCUUUUUAAGGAAUCUUUGGGACUUACUCCAUGGCUGGAUUUUCUUAACAGCAAGAAUGAGGAAAAAAAAAAAAGACCACUGUCGCUGCAAUGUGAGAGAGCAGUUCAGCUGACUGAGUGUGACGACUGCAGCUACGGUCUCCUCCCUGCCCCAGUUUUGGUUUAAUCUGUUUGAAAACUAUCUGGCAAAAAGCUGAUGGAAGCCAAUUACAUGGUGGGUGUGUUGACAACUCUGGUAUUUGUUUCAGGAAGCUCUUCUGAGCUGAGGGCCCUUGAGCAACUGACUUAAUUUCCAAGCCGUUGAUUAACACAACACUGCAAACAGAAGUGGGAAAGUGUAAGUGACACACAAUUUCCUCUGAUACAGGCUGCUUCUCCAGUGGCUUUGGGGAAGAAUGUCCUCAGCUCUCCACAUUCAAAGCAGACCCAGCAUACAAAUAACAGCUGACCUGACCUUUCUGCAUCAUCUCCUGGGACAAGAAAGACCCAGCCGGCAAAGGAGCUUGGGAUUCAAAGGAAUGAUGUGGGAAACCACACAAGGUCGUGCCUCCCUCAGCCUGUGCCACAAGCACUGAACCAACAAGAGGAUUAUAUAAAAGCAUCAUCAGUGACUGUCCACAGACCUGCCCUCAACUGGAAAACUCUUUCAGGUUCAUGGUCUACAAGAUAAUAACACGAGCUCUGUUGACGUCCAUUCCUUUAAUGCUUAACUGACCUUCUUUCUCCAAUUUAAGUGACCUAUUUCUUUUUGUCAAUUAUGGCACAUGAACAGGACAUACACAGUGGGGAAAUACACACACACACACACACACAUAUAUAUAUAUAUAUUUACACACAUACCUAGACAAAUACAAAUGUAGACUGUCUUGCAGUGCUGGCAUACAAAAAGUUAGGCACUUUCAUGAUAGAGCUGGUACAAGUGAAACUAAUAUUACAUUUUUCAGCUGUAAACAGACAUCUGCAUUUCCUAGCUAGCUGCCAGGAGCCAGAUUCUGGCAACAUAGAUGAUGUGCCCAAAACAGUUUAUCAAUUCCAGGUUCCAGGGAAAGUCAUGAGCAGCCACGAAGCCAGAAUUAAAGGUUGGACAUCAGUGUUUCAGAAUCUGUCACCACAUUCAGCACCUGGACUAGGGUUGGUGUCAGACAUUGUAUGAGAACUAAAUGUGUCAUUCAGUUUUCUACUGAUAAUAAAGUUGUUACUUUGGAGUAAAAUAAAUGUGGAGGCUGUGGAAAGUGGAUGGUAUUGGAGUACACGGUGCUUGAAAUGGACAAGCUGUACAUGUUGUUCACUCCAAGACUUGCUCUAGAGGAACACAGUCUUUGGCCAGGACGAUCACCAGAACCUUUUGAAGACAAGGCUGGAUCUCAGAGUCACUGUAGAACUCUGUACUUCUCUCUACACCAGGAUACCAGGAAGCACCUCUAGUGGUUCCCUAUUUCAGCCACAUUCAGAGGAAAAAAAAUCCUACAGUCAAUCCUCAUCUGUCUGGGAUAAAGAAAACCAAGUAAAUAAUACCCAAGGAAACUGGGCCCUGGGAAAUAAAAUGGCUCUUCUUCAUGAUAGACAUAUUCCAGCUCCUAUGUUGGGGUUACUUUGGUGGGGCGACUCCAUAUGACAGCUGUUAGCCAACAGUUUGAAAUAUACAAAGCAGUAAUGCGUGCUAAAGGAAAUAGCCGUACUACAUACGCUUUCUCAACUUUUCAUAUGGAAUAUAAAUGGAUAAGGCCAGCUGGAUAGAUAUUUUUCAAGGUGCCAAUGGUGGGGGUUGGAAUAGGGGUAAAGGAGGGAAAAUAAACAACCUACAGGAACCUAUAGUUCUUCACGGGUCUUUCACAUGGGAAGGAAACCAAAUAAGGCUUAUCAGAUGAGGUGAGAGAUAUUCCAUAAUGUAGUUACUCUGAACCUCACCCAACACAACAAAUUUAUAUGUAUUCCCACCAAAGUAAUGCCAGUGAAAGUACUAGUGUUAUGGUUCUGGCCUAGCUUCUUUUCAGUAGUUGAAUGUCAAGUGCCUGAUACAGUCGUCUGCAAGUCUAAGCAAGUGCAUUUAGUUUUUCUCAUUCUUUUUUUUAACUGGGGGAGCGGGACAUACAGGGGAGUGGUCAUCAAAAUGCGCAUGUAUUUUAUGUAGCGAGCAUUGUGAGUGGUUGUUCUGCUGCAAUUAUGCUCAGUUGAGUGGAAGAAAAGGGAAGGUUUUGUAUCAAACACAGGCUUGGGCCUCUUUCCUCGGACACCCAGGUCUCAUACGAGAUGAUACGUUUCACAGGUUGGGCAGUUAGUUCUCAAAACGUGGGUGGGAAGUGUGCUCUGGGGCCCUAGGAACUCCACAGCUGAGGCUGAGUUUCACGAUCUGUUUCUGCAUCGAUGCAGUGAACUUGCUCUCAACCUGGAGGAGUUUGCAAGUUCUACUCACACUGGAAGAGCUCUACAUGUAAAGAGCAGAGAACCUCCAAGUGGGCAGUCAACCUCACAGAGAGCUUAUUACUGCAUUGCAUCAGGAGUGGUUGUAAAUCGAAUACUGUAGUUUGGGGCAGUACUUCCAGUGCCAAUGAAAUGCUUUUUCCCCUGCAGCCUUGUGCAGUUGUUAUCAACCCUGUCAGCAGAAGGCGGGGAGGAAAGGCACAAGAUGGGUGGAAUGUGGGAGCAGGCCGACCUCCCCCAAUUUGACCCUGAGUUCCCAUCAGAAAAAUGAUUUUACAACACCUAGAACCAGCCCUCCCUCCUUCUCCCAAAAAAUAAAAAUGAACAAAUAAAAGUUUAAUUUCUUUGGAAUUAGAACAAGCAACAUAAAUUUUUUCUUGUUGGCAGUAUUCAAUUUUCCUUUCUUUUCCUCAACAGUGAGAAUCUGUUGUUUUUAUUUUGCACAAGCCCUGUUCCCAGAAAUAUAUACCCCAUUGCCUCCCUUCUGCUAUCCAAAGUUUCCUUGUCCUUGUCUUUUAAGACAAACCAGUUGAGCCGUUUCAGUAAAACUUCACAGGUGUGUAAGUAGGAAGGCAACAUUUUCAAAAAGAUACCAUAUGAUGAGAACUCCUAAUGAUCACUAAAAGCAAACAAAUAAAAAUGCUAGUCUCAUUUCCCUCAUUUCUUACUUAAGAGAAGAGAAGUAAAUGAAAGAAGGAAGAAAAUAGAUUUGCAAUUAAAAGAUGUGGUCAAAAGAUAGAGCUGAGCCAGUGUAAUUUAGCCUUCAGGUGCAGAAUACUUGGAGUCCAAAGGAAUGUGGAGUGGACUUAAUUAGACACCAUUGUCUUCAUCCUGAAAGUAGUCAGCUAAGCCUGAUUUCCAGUAUUUUGAAAGAGACUCCUUUUUGUUUCUUUCAAAGGUGCCCUUUUAAGGCACACAGUUGUCAUUCCACACUGUAGAGUGGAGAAAGGAAGAUUGUGAACCCUCUACUAUCCUUUAGGGACCACAUUCUAUGCUGUUGGCAGAUUUAUCAAUAAUAGCAGAAAUAAGUAAUAAUAGCUGCCCUUGUGUUAAUUAAAGGGAGCAUUUUUAAUCAUUCAAAAAUUUUUGUGACAUGUAAAGUGCAGUUGUGAGGAAUGUGUGGGUUUACGAAAAUGUACCUGUCAAGUUCAGAGUCCUUUAGAUAAAAAAAAAUAAUUAUGACUUUUCAAUGGUGCCGUUAUAGCUGUGUCAGACAAUGGGUGUGCCCAUUCUCACAAUUAUCCUUAAAAAAAAUCUGUGUUCAGAUGCUUUAAAAAUUUAUGACAUGAUGCAAGAGUAUAAUUUUGUCAGCCUUCUAGAGAUUUUUUUUGCUUUUGUUUUCUUUCUUAUAUUUUCCUUCAAAAAAAAAUCAAUGGAGACUUGAUUUCUGUCAAUAACUGUAUUAAGGGUGAAUAUACUACCUGAACUUUGUGCAUGUUACAUUGUAGUUGUAACCUUUUCUAAUUCAGGAUGAAUACGAGAUGGUUGUGAUUGUGCAGUGUAUCAAUAAAGUUCAAAGAAAUUUGUAACUUUUGGGGGGCUGUUUAUUAGGCUAUCUCAUUGGACAUCAAGUAAUGGAGAAAAGUGAAACAGGGUAUGUUCCUCUUCUAUGUGUGUUUUCAGCUUUGGGGACGUAGACGGAAUCAGAAAAGUCAGUAACCUGUUCUCCCUCUCUCUCUCUGUCACUCAUGCACUUAUGAUGCAUGUACAUACACAGAAUGGAAGGCAAUCUAGACACUUUUCAUAUUACACCUGUAUGUCAAAUAUCUAUGCCAUUUACAAAUAAUAUAAAAUGUAGCCACAGCCUCAAAUUCUGAAUAAUUUACUGACCCAGGGUAAAGUGAAAUCAGAAGUGAUGUUUCAGAGAAAUAAUGACCAGGUACUUCUCAGUUUGGGCACUCCUUAACAGUUGCUGUGGCUUCAUUCCACUCAAUUAAGCACCCUUUGACAAUAAUAGGGAUGAGAAAAUACAGUGACUAUGAUGUACGUAUAUUUUUUAAAGUAUUUAUUUUUAAAAGUAUGUACCGCUGUUCUCCGUCUUAGGUUCUAUUGCAGUACACACAUGGGUAAUGGUGCGAAAAUGAGACCUGGAGGAGAAGCUCCGUUCCUGGCUGCCUGUUCUGAAACAUCUUCCUCUUCCAAUAAAACUCCAACUCCUCUCUACCUUUAUCACACAUUCAUCUGAAAUGGAUAUUAACCUCUUUCUUACAACUCAGCUUCUCAUCACCUGUUUAUAUGUCAACUAACCCUUCCUGAUUCUGCCAUGGACUAGGUCUGUGACCUUGGGCUGGACACUUGACCUUGUUAGUCUUUGUUUCUUCUUUGUCCGUACCAUUUGUGAAUUUACACCCCUAGUAUGUUCCAGUUUAGAGUUUUCUGGACAGUUUUUGUUUCUCUUUCAACCACUGAAUUUUUCAAGACUGCCUCUGAUGAAUCACAAGACCAAUGAUUGAUUACGUGUUGGGAAUUCAGCAGAAAGUGGGUUAAAAUUCUUCAGUGGAUUUUACAGCACAGCUAGCUUCUCUGGCCAAGACCCUGAGCUAGAUUUAUAAGGUUUGGUUUUCAUUGGCUUCCUAAGGUAGAGAAGGGCUACUCUCUGACCUUUUAUGACUCAGUCUCCCCUCCAGGGUAACUUGAUAGACUAGAUCAUGUUCUUUAGAAGUUAAAAUACCAAGGAAAUAGUUGGUACCAAUGAUGGAGAGUUUCCAAUUUCCUCAGACUCAUUGCAAAAGCAUGACUUGUUGAGGAAAUGGCUUUCCGGCUCCCUUAACCAUCUUAACACCUUUGCUGCUCCUCUUCUUCCCCUGUCUUUCUUACUAUUGCUUUUAAUCAUUGCCCUCCCAUCCACACCUGACCCUCUCCUGCUCCUGUUCGUACCACAUGCACCCUCCGUCUGCUGUCCUGCUGGUAGCAUUUAUCAGGCUUUCUCUCCAUCUAGCCAUACAGCUCCAUCAAUCAAAUGUACCAAUUUAUUCCUCCAUCAGCUAACCACUCACCUGUUCAUUCACAUAUUAUCUUCCAAUUUAUCUAAUGCUUAUUCCAUUUAUACACUCAUGCACCUCCCUCAUAUGAUUGUUCCCCAUCUAUUUAUUUAAACCAUUUAUCCCUCCCUUACCUAUCCAUCCACCAAGCAUCCUCCAACUAGCCUUCAGCAACAUACCUGUUUACCAACCCACUUCAAGGUAAUGAAAAUCUGUGCUGUUAUCUCUCCAUUCUGCAACGCAGGCUUUAUCCAGUUAUUCUUAAGCACAGCUGCUAAACGACUGGAUGCAUUUUUGUUAUCUUCUCCCACAACACACCCUUUUAAAAAUACAUACAUAAAGAGGUACUUUAGGAAAUAUAUUAAGAGCAUUUUUGUUCCUGUAAGGAUUUAUUAUAGUAGGAAGAGGAUGGAGAAUUGGGCAGGGAGUGGAAACACCCAGAUGAGCAGAUGUUAAUGUUAAACUUCCGAGGACUAGGAAUGCAGUUAUGCAAUGACCAUAACAAAUGCCUGAAAGAAAAGGAGAGACUGGCAACUAUUCUGUUUAAUUUUCUGUUGAACAAAUCAUUUAUUUUGAUUAAAAUUAGGGGGUGGGACUCAUUGGUAUCAAAUCCUAUGAUUAGUUUUGAAAACUAAAACCUUCAGGUUAUAAAUGAUGCUGACUUCCUUUAAUAUAUUCAUUUCAUCAUUAGGAUAUUUAAAGAAAAUUUUUUCCCCAUUUAUUCCUUUGUUCAUGCACUGCAUUUAGUGAGGAACUCCUCACAUUUGAGAUGUGAGAAGAGCUGUAUAACAAGAAAAUUUACAGUAUAAUAUUGUAGGUAUUAUGACAGAGAUGUGAGAAACAACUGUGGUCAGAGCAUAUAUUGGGAAGUGAUAUAAAGCUUUUUCUCUCUCCCACCACACACCCAGUGAAGAAAAGCUGGUAUAUAGAAAGAUGAUAUAGGCAUUGGAUAUGGUGAACAGAUGUAAGUGGGAAAUCAGGAUUAUGGCACAUUCGGUGUCCAAGUAUUUUGUGAAUAGGUAUCUGUUAGAUGGAUGAGUACCACGAGUUAGACUGUACAUGUUCAGAGGGCCACACACACUAUGCAAUUGAUGAUAAAGUUGACACAGGAUCUCCCGGAGAGAGAGACAAUCAUCGAGAAUAUCGAAUCUGGUUAGAAUAUAAAGUUUCGUUUCCACAGGGGAUUGUUGAAUAUAUUAUCUUUCACUACACCUCAAGGCUCCAUGAUUCUUUUUUGAUGAGCAAAAGAAGAAACUAUGGGAGCAUGGCAUGGCAGAGACUUGAAGGGUAAGAGGCAGAGACCAAGGCUGAAUUUGUGAAAUAGUCCCCUCCAAACUGCGUUUCUCCAGAUAAGACUUGUCUAAGACUCUGGAAUUUAGGAUGAAAUACCUGACUUAUUUGCAAUGAAGUGUUUAACAGUGUCUCUUGUUUCAGAAUAUUUAGAUUUGUGAUGUCCUAUGAGGCAUGUUUCCUUUUACAUAGUUUAAGUCCUCUAAUCAAGUAUUUUCUCUUUAGAGACAUAGUGUGAUGCAGUUUGGGGAAACAUUUUUAAAUUCUGACUUCAAAGUCCCAAGUUAUGUUAUUUACAUUUACCUGUGUGAACUUCAGUCUCAUUUUUGUUAAUACAGCAGUAAUAAUACCCACCUCAGAGGACUAUGAGAAUCGUCAGGUAAGAAUGUUUAACAUAGUACUUGGUGCAUAUAAGUUGCUUAUUUCCCUGAGCUUCUGUAAGAUAUAACCUCAACUAUGUUUGCUUCUUUCAAAAUAUGGAAAACAAUAAUUUUAUGCUGUUGCUUAAUUGAAGCUUAAAAUGGAGAAACAAAUAUCUGAGUUUUGGAUCAUUCAAGGGUACAAGCUUGGAAAGUGGGAAGAUUUUUGGUAGAAUCCCAUAGGAAUGUUGGAAAAAAAUAAAGCAGAACUCAAUCUGAUAACCAUGUAUUAUUGGUUGAAGAAUACAUUGUACUUGAAUGACUCAGGAACAUAGAUGUUCUUCAAGCUCUGUCCAGCUUUUUCCCAGUGAUCCCGGAGACACCCUCCUGAACAAGGGACUGCUGAAUCUCUGCAGGAAGGCAUAUCUCUAAGAAAGAUUGCCAUGGCAGGGGGAAUUGAACCUAUUAGGGGGAAUUGAAAUAGCUUAGGUGAGAAAUGAUGAGGAGCAAUAGAAAGUGGGUAAGUUGGAAUGAUGUUUAGAGUGUAAAUCAAAUGAGGACUAGAUGCAUAAGGUAAAAUGGGGGGAAUACUCCAGGUUUCCAAUUUAGCCAUCUGGGUGGAAGAAGGACCAUCCUACGAUUUUGGAAACAGGAGGAUAAUGAGGUCCCAUCCAGCUUUUGAUAUAUCCGUUUUCAAAUACCCUUAGAUCCUCCAGGUGGGGAGGUUUCAGCACCAUCAGCAUUUUCUGGAGUCAUCUAAUUAUGUAGGUAGCUCAUACAUGACAGGGACUGAGGAUACAAACAGGAGAAAGAGCAUUUGUUUCCAAGAAAGCCUCAGUCUGGGGGAGGAUUUAAAAGUACUGCACAGCAUGGUAGGGGUUGUUCAAGGGCUAGAGGAUCCCUGUAGAGGGUCCAUAACCAGGCAGCAGGACUCAAAGCACACUUCCAGAAGAUGACUGAGCUGAGUUUUGAAGGGUCAAAAGGAAGUAGCCAGGAAAAUGGAGGGAAGGGGAACAAGUGAGUAAUGGCACAGGCUCCUUCUUGAUGAAUCCAUACGUGUAUGAGAAGCACAGCAAGGUCAAAAAACUGCAAGUGCAGAUUAUCCCGAGAGGGGUGUGGCAGAGGUGGCCGGGCAAGAGAGAAGGAGAGAAGGGUAGGCAAGAGCGAGGACCUUAACCACUGUAUAAGGAAUGCAGAGAUGCUGGGCUCUGCCCUGAAAGGGGGGAUAAAAGAAAGGAUUUCAUCUAAAGAGUGGCUAGAUCGUAUCUGCAAUUUAGAAAGAUCGCCAUGGCAGGAGGGCAGAUUAGUGGGCAUUGAUCAAACUGGCAAGGGAGAAACCUAUUAGGGGGAAUUGAAAUAGCUCAGGUGAGAAAUGAUGAGGAGCAAUAGAAAGUGGGUAAAUUGAGAUGAUGUUUACAGUGUAAAUCAAAUGAGGACUAGAUGCAUAGGGUGAAAUGGGGAGAAUACUCCAGGUUUCCAAUUUAGCCAGCUGGGUGUAAGAUGGACCUUUACCAUGAUUUUGGAAACAGGAGGAUAAUGAGGUCCCAUCCAGUUUUUGGCAUAUCCGUUUUCAAAUAUCCUUAGAUCCUCCAGGUGGGGAGGUUUAAACACCAUCAGCAUUUUCCGGAGUCAUCUACUUACGUUCACUGUCAUCUAGGAGGGAUUUCUGAUUUCCUUCCUCUGGCUCCCACUUUAAUCCCAGGACUCUAGUUCCUUGGAUCAUCAAUUCAUUUCUCAUCCUCCAUUUCCUCUGCAUCUUGAUUUUAUCUAAGAAAGGUACUGUUUUUAUUGCUUGUGAUGGAAGGAUAGAGAGCAGUUCUCUGAUUAGGCAGUCAGGAAAUAACAGAUGAUUUAAGCAGGGAAGGGGGGGACCUGGCGCAGCUGUCCCACCACGCAGAUGGGGUUUGACACUUCUCAUGUCUAAUGCAAAGGGCCAAACCACCGUUCCCUUAGUGAGGAUUAACUGGCUGGGUACUGAGAAUAUUCGGACAUGUUUUAUUACAACUCAUCUGUCAUAUUACAGUGAGGCAAGAACUCUUUGUGUUUUACCAUAUUAUUUGAUGCUCUCUUGCUUGCAAACAUAUUUCAGAAUGGUUCUUCUGCUUCCAAACUUCAUCAGAAAGCUCCCUAUGACCAAGAGGAAUGCAUUGUACUUGAAUGACUCAGGAAUAUAGAUGUUCUUCAAGCUCUGUCUAGCUUUUUCCCAGUGAUCCCAGAGACACCCUCCUGAAUGAGGGACUGCUGAAUCUCUGCAGGAAGGCAUGGUGUCUGGCUGCAUCCUAUGGCAACAUGAUUUUUCCAGGUUGCCCUAUUAAUGUGUGUCGACACAGAGCCAUGUGCAUCUGAGCCCAUGUCUAUAUGCUGCUCUGAGAUGAGGCAGUAAGAUCUGCAAAUGAGGGAAAACUGAGUUUAAGUUCUGCUUCGGUCAUAUACUAGAUGUGUACCCGUGAGCUUCCAGCAUCAUCCCUUACAACUUCAGCUUACUUGUUUGCAAGUAGUGAUAGUAACUAUGCCAUGAGACUGUGGUGAGGUGUGUAAGAGAAGGUACGGUGGAAACAUACCUGCAAACUCCUGGCCUAUAGAUGCUUGGCUCAGAGGGGUGGACAAUAGGUGAAUUUCCUUGCUCACCUUGUGCUCUGUCUUCUCCCCUUUCUAAACUACCCCCACACUUACCACAUGUGAUGUUCUAGAAGGCAUAAGUGUGAGGGAUGGCUGUGCUUAAAUAUCAUAUCCUCAAAUUAGUUGUUAGGAUUUAUAGGAAAGAGUGUCCAGCUAAGUGUCUAGCUCCGAAGUGUUAAAUAAGAUCCACUUCUUUCUCCCCUUUUCCCUCUGUCUACAUGCAAUCACUGGGGCAUAAAUGAACUAACAAGAAAUGCAUAAAGAAUGUCUAUGAAUUCCCUGACCCCCAGACCCUGCAGGCCGUGGAAGGGCUUUCUGGGUUGGCAGUUCCUGAAGAAUAAGGCAGGCUGGCACUACCCAUGGGGCCUGCUUCUUUUUACUUUUGGUCUUGUUCCCUGCAUGGUGAGUUUGCAAGGGGACGGUUGCUCUGGUUACAAGACUAAAUCACUUCAUUUUCUGUCUCUUCGUCGGUAAAGGUCUCAGGGGAACCAGCUUAUUAGAGACAUAGUCACUGUGUGUUCAAGUCAGUUAGGACAGGAAACGGCCUCAUCGGAGGUCCUCAGAUACAAAGACACCAGUUCUUCUCUUGAUGAAGCCAGAGUCUCAGUGUCCGUGCUGCGGCUGGCAGCGUGGACGAGCCCAUUUGUGAUUAUUCCGUCUUACAGUUUCCACCUUCCAUGACAGUGGCUCCAGCGCCUGAGUCAGUCCAAGUGUUUGAAUUAGCCCUCUUUGAUGUCAACUUGGUUGAGCUGCUCGCAGAAUUCUCCAUUGUCCCUGCCUUGUUCUCCUGUACUGAUCUCUAUUCUGUGAGCAAGUCCGGUCUCUUCAACCUGGCCCCUUCCCUCUACUUAAUUCUUACCUUAAGAAACUUGAAACUGCUAAGGAAGAGAGUUAAGCGGUAGAAGGUACCACAGCGAUGAAGAAUGAUGCCUCAGGAAUAUGCUUUUUGUUGCAGCAUGGUGAAGUACACAAGGAAUGCUAUUUUGUAACAGACCCAUCCCUUGAGCAAAAGCAGAACAAUAGCAAUGUCUGUGCAGGGUGAGGAGGGAGAGACCACAGCAAGGGCCAAAGACUGCUAACACUUUUGUUUCUUGGCAUGAUACAUGGAACAAAGGAGCUUUGACAUGUACUAAUUCAUAUGAUUUUUUAAGCAGCCUCAGGAGUGGUGCCUUACCCUUACUGAAGCUCAGAGGCACAGCGGUAUACAUCAGCAGGGUUGGGGGUCCCAAGCAGGUCGGUUUGACUCCAUACAGCACACUCUUUCCGGUUCAACUCAAAACUGCCCCAUUCUCAGGGUUGACCCCAUGUUCCAAAACACACUGGGCUCUAUCUUACGUACACAAGAGCAGGUCACAUAAGUCUUUUGUAAGGCUGCCUUCUUUGUGAGCUUCCAGGAAAGGAAGGCAGGAAGUUCUGUUUCUUAGAAGAAAAUGGUAGCGAAUCCUUAGACAAUCUCCUGGCUCCAAGGGUCAAGUCCAAAAAAUGUCUGUGAUCUUCAGCAGAAACUCUUUCCUUGUUUCCAUUGAAGAGUAAAGCCCCUGUAGUGUUGGUUUCUAUGUAUCUGACCCUAAACAGUGCACAAGUCUGAGAGACUUUGAGAAGCAACAUGUAAGAGGGAACUGUCAAUCCUACAAAGAAUCGAGGUGAGGAAAGAAUUAAUUCUAGGCUUCAGGGUAUCAUAUGAGUAAGAGGGAAGAAUUUUUCUCUGUUUUCUAGUUCUGAUAAAACUAGAGAGAUCAUCAAAAAACAACCCAGAAAAAUAGAUUAUAGAUGAUGAAAUACAGGCUCUAUUUAGCCAAAUGUACCUCCAUUUGGGCAAAUGGGAACCAUUGACUUCAAAUACGUAUAAAUACAUGUCUACGUAAAAACCUCUCCCCAUCUCUUUCUCUCUCUGUGUCUAUUAUCCACCCUGUCACCCUCCACUACAUCUAACUCAGUGAUAGCAGGUUGUGUGUUUGCUGUUUACCAAGCACCUAUAACACAGCCUGCUCUGUGGCAAACCUCGGUAUCUACUGAAUGAAUAAACCUAUGGCUUUUGAGCUGAGGAUUAACAUGAUUGAAACAGCCCUUGAGCAGAGGCUUUGUGGAGAUAUACUAGACAGAGUGAAAGGGAUAAAGGGCCAGCAGGCAGGAGAGCAGGGAGGUAGAGCUUUCCUAGUGGUCCGUGUUUGUGAUUCUGAGUUCUGACGCAGGAGGUGGUCAGGCGGUCAUGGGCUGGAAACACACAGAUACUAGAAAUAUUGAGCAGGGAGAGAUACUAGAGAUACUUCUUUGUCUGAAAGGAAAUGGGCCUGAAGAGAUCAGCUAGUCUCUUUUUUUUUUUUUUUCGUUUAUUUUGUUUGUCUUGCAAUAGCAAUCUUACAGUUUUAUAAAUGCAUAAGUUUUAAGAAACCUGGGCUUCACUCGUGUUAUUUAUUUUCUAGACAAAGCAUCCACAGCACAGAAGUCAAUGCUCGCUAGUUCGCACCAGAUGAGGUCUGGCGUCCAAGUCCCUGGCUGCUAGUCCUUUACUGGUCACCUCUCCCCUGCUGGUCUGCUUCUGUCCUCACCUUGCAACUGCAAAGUCCUUGCCCCCUUCUUCCUUCUCUGCGGAGUCAAACUUCUACAUCUUCAGCCCAUUUUUCCUCUUACUGAUACAGAUGAGCCCCAUCAUCCCCAGAAGGGCAACCCAUGCCCCACGCUCAUUGCCAUCCAGCUUAUACUGCAUCUUUCUAUCCCACACUAAAGACAGGGAGAAUUCAACAGAAGGGAAACACUAACCUGGCCCUGCUUCCCACGAACUGGCAUGAAUAAAGACUGAAAAGGGUAAUGUGAUGAGGAGGUGAAUUAGAUGCCUGCCUUUGGACGAAUGGAUUCCCAGUGUCCAUGGCCCCCUUCACAGGAACAGCUACUGUGUGUCAGAACCAUACACCACAUCCAAUAACGAACCCAGUGGCAUUGCAUGUGGUCCCUGCCUCCAGGGAGUAUAGGGUAGAAUUAGGAGGACAGCAUAUAUGCAGACAUGUGUUUAAAAUGUUAUGUAGUGAGGUGCAGUCCUUAGAGGUCACACAGGGAGAACCUUUGGAGGGUGAUUAAAUCACCGAGAAUACUGUAGAUGCACAAAUGCUUCCCUUUCCUAUUCCCAGACUUCCCCACCCAGUCAAGCUCAGGAAAGACUACCUUAGGGAGUGAAGUUGAAUAAGAGGCCAAAUCCUCCCUCCUCCCCCACCCAGUCCAGCCGUAGCCCCCAGGGGCCCAUUGUUCUCUCCUUAAACCGUGAACAGCACUCAGAGGCACUCAGAGAGGAGGGGGAGGUCAAAGACAGAGCGGGUGAGCACAGAACGGGCUGCCGCUGCUCACCUCACCACCACGUCAGCAAACAGCACCGCGGCAAUCAAUUUGGCUUUUUUGAUGAAGACAAAACCAUAGAGGAAAACCAUUAGAAGAGGUAAUAAAGGCCCUUCUUGUACAGUUAAUACAGAGCCUGCUGGAUGGAACAAGUCCAGCUGUUGCUGCUGAAAAUUUACUUCUGUUUUCAAGUUCAAAUAGAGACUAAAACAUUAUCUUCGCGGGAAUUGAUUUUACGUCUUCCAAACACAUAUGCCACCUUAAUUGUGAUUUGUGUGGUAGUUCAGCUGCUGAAAGCUUUCGUUUAUCUCUACCUGGUUAAACAACUUUAAAUAAUAACAAGUCAAUAUAUCUGUCUAUUGACCAGGGUUCUUCUCCCAUCCCCAGAGCACACAGUUGAUGAAGAAAAAGGCAUUUAACCCUCCGCAAGCCCCCAGUCUUUGACCCACAUCCAUUUCCCCAUGCUUGAUUUUAAAGGGCAGGUGUAAUUGUUUUAAAAAAUGAAAUGCAUAGCAAUACGCAGGGCCUUUUCUGAUGUACUUUCUCCUGCAGAGGCUGCUGUCUGUCUGUUUUCAUUUUUAACCUCGAUACAUCCUUAAAAGGAAAAAAAAGUCAGAUUUUUGUCAAACUUUUCUGCUCUAAUUUCUUCAUUCGUUUUAGUUACAGAAAUUUUGUUUUUGGAUUGAGCUUGAGAAAAGGACGCUAAAGAUGGCAGCUUGUUUUGGAAGCCCCUCACAAACAAACAAAAAUCUAUUAGGCUGAAAGACAGAAACGAGCAGGACGAAAAGGAGAGAGGGCCUCCAGAAAUGACUCGGGGAGUUAAUCAGAUGAAGCCACAGGGUCCAAGAGGGACUCAGGAAAUGUCCGGGGUCUCCUCAGAUCAGAAACUUCAGAAGCACGGGACAGUACAGCCCAUGUCCUCAUUUCACCAAUCAGAACAAGCCUAGAGAGCUGACAGCUGUCAAUCAAGGACCUCUCUGCCCUGCCAAACCCACAUAAAAGCAGCUUCAGAAGGGGCAGCCGGGCCUGUCUCACCUCAGGCAGACCCACUCUGUCACUCUGUGCAGAGUGCAUUAAAACUUACUUUGCUUCUUGACUUUAGUUUCAUAUCUGACUUCCCUGCGACACCAAGUCAAGUUCUUUCCUUCAACAAACAUAUGGGCUUUCCAUGGAGUUUCUUGUAAGGCACUCUUUUUCCACAGGCAUGCUUAAUGUUAUGCGAAGCAGGGUAGGGAGGCCAGGGCAAAAGGGAUUAUUUUAUUCCUAUGAAGUAAAGCCCAGAAUUCUUUGGAGAGUGAAAAUGUUGAUGGUAAUGGUGGUGAUGGGGCGAAGUUUGGGUUUUGCUUUCCUGUUUGUUGAACCAAAUCAUUUAUUAGAUGAUAGGAAGUCACAAAAGGGGUAGGCCUGGGGUUCCAGAGCUCGUUUAGUCAGUGCCCAGUCAUUGAAGACCUGCCACUGAGGCAGCGUGUAACUGGCCAGCAAGAGGCUGUCCCCCGGCAAGGGAUGGAAGGGGUGGGAGACGCUCCCACGUCCAGUGGCGUUCAGGCCUCCCAUGAACUUUUCCUUGGUGUCAAGGGUCUAUGAUGCAGACAGGGUUGGCAUCUGUUUCUCUCCAGGCUGCCCCGAAUUUUAACCAGAGGGCAAGGAGACAGUACAUCCUGAUCCCCAGUUCUCCAUAUAAGCCGUUUCUUUCCCCAGUGUUGGUCUUGCUUCUGUAUCACAACCAAGUAGGAAGUGUAUGUGAGGGCUAAGAGAUUUCAUGCGCCUCUAGCUACUGGUAAAACCGGUCUGGUGUCAGCACAGCGCUAGGGACAGAGAGGACCAGCAUGCAGUUUAUGCUGCUGAGAGAAAGGAAUGUAAAUCAAACAAGUCAUAUAUCCUUAUUUAGACUGCCAUGGGUGUGGGAGGAGAGGGAGGCUGCUGCUAUCAGUGGGUGAGUUCAAGAUUAAUUUGCAUGCUAAGAUUUUUUCAAGUUUUCACAAAUUCUUUUUUAGAGCCUUGCUUUCCAAAUGAUACCACUCCAUCCCAGACCUCCACUUAAAAUGCCAUGUUCUCACUUUCUUUUCUCCCUCCCACUUCUCCCAGAAAGUCCUGAAUAAAUAAUAAUAUUAAUAAUAAUAAUAAUACUUCCAAUUGACAGAUUGCUUAUAAACAGUGAGCUGUGAAGGUGGGAAGGUAUCACUAAUUGCUAAUUAAGAAAACACUUCUCUUGGAUGUGUGCUCAUUUGAUAAAGAAUAUUUGACUCCUUCAUGUUUAUUCUCUCUGUGUUUACCUCCAGGGCAUGGACUGUGUAUUAAUUAUCUGUGUAUCUUCAGUUGUGAAUGAAUGAAUGAAUCUGAUUUUUUAUUCCACGGCUUGCUUCCUUGGGUAUAUGAACUUCCUCCUUUAAUGUUGAUACUGAAAUGACAUCUGUACCAAGACUUUCCAGAUGCUGUCACAAAGGCGACUGUGCUGCCUCAGUCUUAUCCGGUGACUAAUACCCUCCUUCCGUCUGUACAUACCUGUUACAGUCUAGUGUGUGUUUGCAUAGAUGACAAUAAAAGCUGCCCGUUCCCACAUUCCAAA